AUGGCCACCACUGCUACAGUUCACCUCUCUGUGAAGUCAGGUAAAGAUCGCCUCUCUAAUGUUCUCCCAAAUGAACUCGUGGAGAAGAUCCUCUUGCUAUUACCUGUGAAGAGCAUUCUCUGCUUUCAAUCUGUAUGGAAACUCUGGAAUUGUUUCUUAUCCUCUCCUUCGUUUGCUAGAAUCCACGCUCUCUCCAGCUCAUCUGCACUAUCCAAACCCUUUACUUUCUUUCUCUCCAUGGAUGACUAUGUAAUGUCUCUUCACGACACUGACAACGAGUUAUCGUGUCAUGAGACUAAGAUCCGAGCUCCAUGGGUGCUUCCAAGCUUCCAUUCAAGCUUGGGUUCUCGGAUUGUGGGCAGCAAUGGUGUCCUGUGCAUUUUUAACCGUGAAAACAACGGCCGGAUUUCAGUGAUCGAUGUAUUCUAUAUUGCUAACCCUGCAACUGGACAAUUCACUACUAUCCCAUACUUCCCUGAUCAUGUCAGUGAUCAAUCCUCGGUCUAUGCUUUUUUCGGGUUUCAUUUCGACCCUGAAAGUCGUGAUUUCAAGAUCAUGGUGGGGAUUCGCAGUGAUGACUGGAUUGAAAACUUUGAAGAAACCUAG